GCGAUUUCCCGACCGACGAUCUACCGUCGUCAUGGCUCUGCAGCAACGUGCCUGCGGUCUCGUAAUUUUCCGGCGAUUCCAAGACACCGUCCAGUACCUGCUGAUGCAAACGUCGUACGGGGAGCAUCACUGGACACCUCCUAAAGGUCACGUCGACCCGGGCGAGUCCGACAUGGAGACGGCGUUGCGCGAGACUCGGGAGGAGGCUGGUUUCCGCUCGAGCGACCUCGAGAUCUAUGAAGACGCGAAGCACGAAUUGAACUACGCGGUAAAUGGAGUGCCAAAGAUAGUGAUUUACUGGCUGGCGGAGCUGUUGAAUCCGGACAAGUCCGUGAAGCUGUCGGACGAGCACCAGGAUUUCCGGUGGCUUCCGUUGCGCGAAGCCUGCGACCUGGCCAAGUACGCCGACAUGCAAAACACCCUGCGUGAAUUCGAUAGAUAUAUAUCUCAGAAACUCGUGUAAGCUGCGUUGCAUCUCCGUAUCGCUCGUCGAAAUAAUUGUAAUUACGUGGCGCGGUGGAAAAUACGAUGGAAUAUUGGAUGCAAAUUGUCUUGCAAUAACUAAACCUCAGAAAAUAAAGACCAAUUUUACAUAAACA